GCGCGAUUCUGGGGCCCUUCUCCGAGUAACGAGUCAUCCUCCUGCACAUGUCGUCCGCCUCCGCAAGGCUAUCUCCUGGCAUGCGCUCGAGCCUAAUAGGGUUCGGGGACUUUGGGCGUUCACGAGCAAUGCACAAGCCCAUCGCAAGAUUCACGCCCAGGUCUGGCUCUUCUCUGACAUUCCUUGAGGUGCCAGGAUGUUAGGUAACCGAUUCACG